AAUUUAAAAUUUGAAUAAGAUAAAAAAAAACCACCAAUAAAGAAUUUACAGAUGUCAAUGCUUUUAAAUUAUAUGCACCAAAAGGAAUGCAUGAACUAAGCUUCUAAAUUAUUGACAUCUGAUUUAGAAACGCAAGGCUUGGUUGUUCUCACAUCAGUGUAUCUAGUUUUAGAAACGUGCAAUGAUUUCAACAGAACUUUGAAUCAUUCAAAUGCAUCUGAUACAUUAGAACUUAAUGGAAUAAGUGUUGAUCCUGUGGCAGGUCCCGACGAAAGUGGUAAAGUAAUACCUCAAAGUAGCAUUAAUGUGUGUCAGAACAAGCUUCUUUGUGAGGAUACACUGUGCUCAAAGCAAGCCGUUGAUGAAGGCGGCAGAACAAAAAACAUGUGAGUUCAGCUUUUGGCAUCUGAUUAAACUAUUUACUAGUUUUUGGCCAUCUGAAACCAUUUUUACUGCCACUUUUUUGGGUUGAAAACACAUUUUUAUUAUUUAAAGUGGAUCUCUUCUAGAAAAUCCAAAUAUUUUUAGUCCAUUAGUAAAGCUUAAGCACUAAAGAAGAUUUUCCAACUUAUUCUAAAAGCUGAGAUUUUUGGGUUUUACAUUGCUUAUCCAAAUUUUCACUAUAGUAGUCUUAAACCAUUAAAGUUCCCUGCUGUUUUCCCGUUCGCCAUUAAGAACCAUUGUUCACAAUAGCUUUUGACAUGCGGAAUUUGUAAUUUCUACAUUAGAUCAAUUACUUGUGUUUCCAAGCUACCUCUUAAGUAAGGACAAAGUGAAACACAAAAAUGGAGGCAAACACCAGACAGCAAUGAACACUAAGAUCAGAAAUGGAGGUAGACCUCCUUACAAAUGAAAAACGAAAAAAAAAAAAGUGAUUAGUUGUUUUCCCAUUAGCUGAGAAAAGACUAUUUAUGGCCUUCUUCUUUAAUAUGUUUUCUUAGAAUAUUAUUAAUUUGUAAUAUAUAUAUAUAUAUGAGAAAAGACGGAUUUUUUAUGAUUAAUGAUUGAUGGGUAAGAAGAAACCACAAAAGAUUAAGCAGCUUUCAUCAGUAGAAAUAGCUGAAGCAGCAUCAACUGAACAACAAAAACAGCUACCUAGGAAAAGAGGAAGACCAAAGAAGAUUAUUGUGAAAAUGGAAGGUGGUGGUGGUGGUGGUGAUGUGGAAGAGAAAAAAGCACAAGCAAGCAUGGAUAUUAUUAUUAGCUCAUCAUCAAUGGAACAAGAACAAGGUAAAGAGAACAAAGAAGAAGAAGCAGAAGUUCCUAAAGGAGGGGUGGUGGUUCCUUCUAGAAGCUGAGCUGAGCUAGGAGGAAAAGCAAACCAAGAAAGAGCAGUUAGUUUAUGUAUUAUACAGGUAUAUUAUUUAUAAUUUAUGAUACUUAGUUCUUUUCUUUAUUUCAAAAAAAAAAAAAAAAAA